CACAGCUUCAACCACAUUUUGAAAUCCUAAACAAUGGCCAAGUUUCUUUUCUUGUGCUUUCUUUUAGCAUGUACCCUUAUGGAUCUAACCAUGGCUACAAACCAACCUCAAAUUAUUUUCCAAUCUAUUUCAGCACCAUCUUCAAACCCUCCUGCUCAGAGUCCACACACAGCAGAACCCUCCAUUGGAAGGAAACUUGGUAAGCACCAAUUUAAGCAAAUCAGGUCCUCUGACACAAGUCCUACUCCAUCUGAAGCACCACCAUGUGAAAAUAAGAUGCAUCCUAGUUCUGAAGGGAACAUUCCCAGUCAUCAGAGAACUUCUAUUGAACCACAUGAUGAUGAAGCAGUUUUGGGUUCUCAUCAAGGUCAGGUUCAUUUGCCAAAGCAGUACAACCACCAGCAUCACUCAUUUGACAAGUCCAUAGCAGGGGCAGGAGUCAUUCUUGGAGGGCUUGCCACCACAUUCUUGGUGGCAGUUUUCUGUUAUAUAAGAGCUACUGCAAGGCACAAGCUAGAAACAACUGCAUAGUGCACAUGAAGUUUUUCUUCUUCUUCUUCUUUUCUUGUGUCUCACUUUCUUGUGUUGUACUAUACAUGCAUAGUGUAAAGGAAACUAGUGAAUAGAUUAUGAU